AUGCUCUGCAGAUGGCGCCUUUUGAGGCCUCGGCUGGCUGGCGUUUCACAUGCGGUCGGGGUGGCGCGCUGCUUUGCUUCCUCCGCUGCCGCCUCCAUGGACUUUCUGUUCAAUCCAACCGCGGAACACAAGAUGCUGCGGGAGGCGAUUGCGAGGUUUGCAAUUGAGCGGGUUGAGCCCAGGGCGAAACAGAGCGAUAUUGAGAUGCGGUUCAGCGCCGACCUCAUCCGCGAACUCGGCGACCUUGGAAUGUUGGGUGUGACCAUCCCGGAAGAGGCUGGUGGGGCGGGAAUGGACGCCACCGCCUCCGUCAUUGUACACCACGAGCUGUCUAAGGUAGACCCUGGCUUCUGCCUCGCCUACCUAGCGCACUCCGUCCUCUUUGUGAACAACUUCUACAACUCUGCCUCGCCUGAGCAGCGGGAGCGGUGGUUGCCGAAGGUUAUCUCGGGCGAGCACAUCGGCGCAAUGUGCAUGUCGGAGCCGGGCGCCGGCACCGAUGUGUUGGGCAUGUCUACAAUCGCCAAUAAGGUAGGUGAUGGGAAGUACGUCCUGAACGGCUGCAAAACGUGGAUCACCAAUGGCACUGUUGCCGACGUGGUGAUUCUCUACGCCAAGGUGGAGGGGAAAAUUACGGCAUUCGUGGUGGAGAAGGGAACCCUAGGGUUUACCUGCGGCCCAAAGAUUGACAAGUGUGGCAUGCGAGGCUCCCAGAUGUGUCAGCUGUUUUUUGAUAAUGUGGAGCUAGGCAAGGAGAACCUUCUGGGGGCGGAGGGGAGGGGCGUGGUGGGGAUGAUGCGCAACCUCGAAAUCGAGCGCCUCACACUGGCCGCAAUGGCUGUUGGUAUUGCGGACCGUUCUAUGGAGCUCAUGGUCCGCUACGCCGGGGAACGCCAGGCGUUUGGAAAACCGAUCUGGCACCACGGGCAGAUUCAGCGCCUCAUCGCUGAGAGCUACGCGGACACAGAGGCCGCCAAGGCGCUCACGUAUGCCGUGAGCCGCAGCGUGUCGCCAACAUCCCAUAAUCGUCUUGGCAGCGAUGCAUCCAAGUUGUUUGCAGCCCCUGUUGCAAAGCGUGUGGCGGACAACGCGAUGCAGGUGAUGGGCGGUAUGGGAUACGCUCGGGACAUGCCGGUGGAACGGCUCUGGCGGGAUGCGAAGCUGCUUGAGAUUGGCGGCGGCACACUUGAGGCGCACCAAAGAAAUAUUACAAAAGACUUGAUGAAGGAGUUGUAG